AAUUGUGAGCUGUCAGGUGGUUGCUAAGAAGCGAACUGGGUUCCACGGCAAGAGCAGCAAGCAUUGUUGUACUUUAAAAUAUUCCCGGAAUUUAAGAACUAGAACACGCAUCAACUUGAGACCCCUCCCUUUAAUCCUCGGAGCCUGGACCUCUGCAGUAUGACAAUCAGAAAGGACAUGACCCUUUUCAACUGGGUUAACCAUAAAAAUUGAGGCAGUUCAUUUUGGAGGUCUUAGCCCCCAACAAGGGCUCCUCCCCAGGCCUCGAAGCCAAGGACCCUGUUAUUGAUGCAGAAACCAUCAAUCAAAAUAAUGCUGCAAGGGAAAAACGCGGGCAAGGAAACCGGCGCUUUUCUUGUUUGGUUCCAGCCGGGACAAUUUCAUUCCGGAACGUUUGUUUCUGUACUUUCGGGUGUCCGGGUACUAUUGGGCGUUGCGCUACGGCGGAGGUGGUUGCCAAGGCGACGCCAGGGAAGAUGGCUGCUACGUCCUCAUCGGAUUCCGACAGCGGGAGAGCUGAGAGCAGCGAAGCCAAUUCGAAAUGGCUGGACGCUCACUACGACCCUAUGGCCAACAUCCACACUUUCUCCUCCUGCCUGGCCCUGGCAGAUUUGCAUGGCGAUGGGGAGUACAAGCUGGUGGUGGGAGAUCUCGGCCCAGGCGGGCAGCAGCCCCGUCUGAAGGUGCUCAAAGGACCAGCCGUGCUGACGGAAAGCCCGCUGCCCGCUCUGCCCGCCUCGGCUGCCACCUUCCUCAUGGAGCAACAUGAGCCCAGGACGCCGGCCCUCGCGCUGGCUUCAGGACCGUGUGUCUACGUGUAUAAGAACCUCAGACCCUACUUCAAGUUCAGCCUGCCCCAGUUACCUCCAAACCCUUUGGAACAAGAUCUUUGGAACCAAGCCAAAGAGGACCGGAUCGACCCCUUAACCCUGAAGGAGAUGCUGGAGGGCAUCCGGGAAAAGGCAGAGGUGCCUUUGUCUGUCCAGUCACUCAGGUUUCUACAGCUGGAGCUGAGUGAAAUGGAGGCGUUUGUGAACCAGCACAAGUCCAAGGUUAUCAAGCGGCAGACAGUCAUCACCACCAUGACCACCCUGAAGAAGAACCUUGCAGAUGAGGAUGCAGUGUCCUGUCUGGUGCUGGGCACUGAGAACAAGGAGCUCCUAGUGCUUGACCCUGAGGCCUUCACCAUUUUGACCAAGAUGAGCCUGCCCAGUGUCCCUGUCUUCCUGGAGGUUUCUGGCCAGUUUGAUGUGGAGUUCCGACUGACUGCUGCCUGCAGAAAUGGGAGCAUCUAUAUCCUCAGAAGAGACUCCAAACACCCCAAGUAUUGCAUCGAGUUGAGUGCCCAGCCUGUGGGGCUGGUCCGGGUACACAAGACCCUGGUGGUGGGCAGCACCCAGGAGAGUCUGCAUGGCUUCACCCACAAGGGUAAGAAGCUGUGGACAGUGCAGAUGCCUGCAGCCAUCCUGACCAUGAACCUCCUGGAGCAGCGUUCCCGGGGCCUGCAAGCUGUCAUGGCCGCCCUGGCCAACGGGGAAGUCCGCAUUUACCGUGACAAGGCCCUGCUUAACGUUAUCCAUGCCCCUGAUGCAGUAACCAGCCUUUGCUUUGGCCGAUACGGGCGAGAGGACAACACCCUCAUCAUGACUACUCGAGGUGGUGGCCUUGUCAUCAAGAUCCUGAAGCGCACGGCAGUGUUUGUGGAAGGGACCGGUGAGAUGGGCCCACCACUAGCACAGACCACAAAACUCAGCGUGCCCCGGAAGACCCGGCUGUACGUGGACCAGACCCUGCGAGAGCGGGAAGCUGGCACAGCCAUGCACCGAACCUUCCAGACAGACCUCUACCUGCUGCGCCUGCGGGCUGCCAGAGCCUAUGUGCAGGCCCUGGAGUCCAGCCUGAGCCCCAUGUCAACCACAGCUCGGGAACCACUCAAGCUGCAUGCUGUGGUUCAAGGCCUGGGCCCCACCUUUAAGCUCACACUUCACCUACAGAAUACCUCAACAGCUCGGCCAGUCCUGGGGCUGCAGAUCUGCUUCCUGUACAACGAGGCACUCUACGCCCUGCCCCGGGCCUUCUUCAAGGUCCCUUUGCUGGUGCCAGGACUCAGCUACCCACUGGAGACCUUUGUGGAGAGUCUCAGUAGCAAGGGCAUCUCAGACAUGAUCAAGGUGCUGGUGCUCCGGGAAGGCCAGAGUGCGCCCCUGUUGAGUGCCCACAUCAACAUGCCUGUGAGUGAGGGGCUGGCAGCUGCCUGAGCCCUGGGCCAGCAUUCAAGCCUCCACGGAAUGGAGUCAGCCAGAUCCAGCGACUCCCAGUGUCCCCAGGCCACGCCCCCACACAGCGAUGCAGUGAGCUUCCUGUUUGUCUCUGAAACGGUCCCUGCUCUCCACCUUUGCCACUGGGCCUGAGCCACAAGACAGGGAGUGCUCAGAAUCAGCUCCUCCUCCCUCAGACUCCUCCUGAGCACUGUCCCACAAUUCUUGCUGCCUACCACCCUCCCCUGCUCUUUGAAGAAAUCUUGCCCGUUUCCAGGAAGAGAUCUGAGGUGAUCAAGUGAACACAAGCCCAGACCUUCCUUCCUCCCACUCAUCUGUUUCAGGUCAAGGCCACAAUUGUUCAAGGGCUUGGCCUGGGACUUCAGCCGAGACUGAGCCCCCUGUGGCCCUUUAAGGUUUUAGGGGCACUGGCUUCUGCCAGCUUAGCUUGCAGGCACACGUGCUAAGCUUCCUCAGAUGAAUGGGGGGCUCCACUUUCUACCUUGCAGCCCCGGAGACACAGGGCUCUGUCCACAAGUCUUAGACUAGCCACAAAGAUUGCCAGCGGAGGUGGUGCAGGGGACAGAGGGGAUCCAUGCGAGGAGCUCCAGGUCCCAGCCCCAGCCAGAGCUCCCCCAAAGCCGCUGCUGCUGACCAGAAGACAUUGUCCAGAGACAUUGUUCCUGAAAUGGAACAGCAAGCUAGACAGCAGAGCUGGGGCUGGUGGCACCAGGAGGAGUAUUUCUGGGACCUGGCAAGUGGUCCAAGAGGCAGAUGCCUACGAGUACCUGUCAGGAUGCACUUAGGCCCAGGCCCAAGAUGGUCCAGAGGGUGGGAUGUUUUCUGGGCAGUGGCCAGAGUGUGCAUGAGGUCACUGAAAAGUACACAUGAGUGGUAUGAGUGAGGCUGAAGACGACAUGAAGAUGUGUGUGUGUAGAUCCCAAGUGGCAGCCAGCCCUGACCCUCCUCAAGGACCAUUCUGAACCACUUGAGAACCAGGAGCCCUGCUCCAUGGAUACCAGCGUUUUCUGUCUGACCAGGUUCAGCCUGGUGUGUGGCACACAGCUCAGGCCUGCCUCCUGCUUCCACCUCCUUUCCAAUAGAAAAAAAAAAAAAAAAAGAAUUUGACUGCAUUAAUUCCAAACUGCUUUCAGCUCUCAACACCAUCAGGGCUUGGCAGCUCCUCGGGAAGAAGGGAAGAAUUGGCCCAAUAGGUGAUACUAACGAGCUUUUGCCCGAAAGACCGAUGGCUCCAAGCUGGCCGCCACUGCCCAGUAACAGCUUCUGAGCCCACUUGGGGACUGGGGUAACACUGCCCACCUUGACCCUUCCAAAGAGUACAUUGGGGGCCAGGCUAAGAGACAAUGGGCCUAGACCAAAGAAACAGCCCAACCUCUCACAGACAGACUGCCUGAGCAUGGACCAUGGACGGCAAAGGGUGCCUUGCUGCAUCAGCCAGUGGAGACACAGCCGGAAGGAGCAGGAGGUCUAGUGGAGACGGAGAGAUGAGAGGGGGAGGGAGUGUUGCUGUCAGUCAGAAAUCCCAGCCUAACCUGCAGAGCUUGGCAGGGAUGGAAGGUCUGCUCAAGACGGUGAUGGGCCCCUUGUCACGGGGAUUAUGUGAGUGAGGCUGGGUUAUGACAAGGCUAGAUUGUGUAUUUGGUCAGGUAACAUUCCAGUCCCUUUCACCCCUGUCAAGCUGUGAAAUCAGAACAAAAAUAUUUGAUGUGCACUCUCUCCAUAUCUAUUCAAAGCUGAGAAUUAACUAACGGUUUUUGAGCUUUCAGAUGUUUUCAUGGAAUUGGUACCUGCUUUUUUUUUUUUUUUCUCCAUCCAACCUCAGUUCUUUUCUUAGGACACCUCCCUCAUAUCUUGCUUCUGUGUAGACUCCUAUAAGAGAGUUCCCUUAUAGGAACUCCCUUUUCCCUUAUCCAGGGCUAGACCCCAUCUUCCUUCUUAUUCUGCCCUCAUUUGGUAAAGCAUAGCCAUGGGAGCUUCUUUUUAAGACUGUUCUAAUGUUGCUUGUCUGGACAUUGCUGUAUUCAGCUCACACAUGUAGUAGUUUGGGUGGUAAAUGAAAGCUGGAAAUCGUUUUCCUAUAGACAAAGCCCCCGUGGCCUCUGGUUUCUGUGCUGUUUCUACUGGUCCUGAUUGUUGCUUUGUGAGGUGGGGAUAGAUGAGCAUUCCGUCCCAGGGCUGUACUGUUCUCUCUGGAGCUCCAGUUAAGCCCAACAUCUGAUAAAUGAUCCUGAUUUUCUUCUCUCUUCUUCUAUGGUCAUUGUUUGCUUGUUUUUCUGAGACUGAGUAUUUUGUGGGCUUUUAAGUUUCAAGCUGUUUUUCUUAGUUCUCAACUCCUCUGUUCAGUCCUCAUGGUAUCCUUUCAAAGAUGUAUUUAAUCGUUGCAUUUAUUUGUCUGUGUAUAGCCUAACUAAUAACAUCUAAUUUGAAAAAUUCA